AUGCCUGAACCGGCAAAAUCGGCUCCGGCCCCGAAGAAGGGCUCCAAGAAGGCCGUCACCAAGGCGCAGAAGAAGGAUGGCAAGAAGCGCAAGCGCAGCCGCAAGGAGAGCUACUCCGUGUAUGUGUACAAGGUGUUGAAGCAGGUCCACCCGGACACCGGCAUUUCAUCCAAGGCCAUGGGCAUCAUGAACUCCUUCGUCAACGACAUUUUCGAGCGCAUCGCGGGUGAGGCGUCGCGCCUGGCGCAUUACAACAAGCGUUCGACCAUCACCUCCAGGGAGAUCCAGACGGCCGUGCGCCUGCUGCUGCCCGGGGAGCUGGCCAAGCACGCCGUGUCCGAGGGUACUAAGGCUGUCACCAAGUACACCAGCGCCAAGUAGAUUUGGCAACCGUAGAGAGUGCGUCCCUGGCGUUUGAGAGCAUAGACCACGUCCAUGGCGGUGACCGUCUUGCGCUUGGCGUGCUCGGUGUAGGUGACCGCGUCCCGGAUCACGUUCUCCA